CGUAUUUUCAUCCUCCUCACCUUUCAUACACAAUCUCUUACUUAUUUACCAUCUCGCUCGAACAAAGACUAUGCUGAAAAGAAAAACACACCGGUGCUUGAUCAUUUUCUUGCUAUUUGUGUGUUAUUUUACCGUGUUGUGUAAUGCUUGGAACAAUCCUCCCCCUCAGAAUGAUACUACUAACGACAUUACCGACGCCGACGACCAUCAUCAACAUCAUCGUCCUAACCAUCACCAUACCCCAGAAAAGCCGCAACAAGAAAAACAACAUCAGAUCAACGAUGAUAAACGAUAUGAUGAACCCUACGACGGUCCAGGAAUUCCUGCUCAUAUGGGCGUUGCAGCUGCGUUUCUCAUGGCAUUUGGCGUCUAUUUGAUGGCCGCCGGAUUUCGCUACUUUACUAUAACUAUGGGAAUGGUUGGAUUUAUCACUGGAGCUACUAUUACCUGGGUCUUGCUUACGGCAGCGGAACCGAUAGGUAAACCCUAUCCUCAUGCGAGCAUUGUCUUUUCAUUUGGAUGUUACGGCGCCGGGUUCUUGUUUGCUGGAGUAGCCAUGUAUUUCUGGAAAGUAACACUCUAUGGGCUUGGCUUGAUAGGCGGCUAUAUUUUGGCCAUGUAUUUCUGGACAUGGGGCGAUGGACUGCUUAUCCAAAACGUAUACGCACGUCAUUUCGCAUCGCUAGGUUUUGGUCUUGCUGGUAUAAUCGCGCUGCUCUUGGUUGAAUUUGCUGCUGUGUGUAUCCUUACUUCGUUCCUAGGCGCCUAUCUUUUCAUGCUGGGUCUGGAUCUUGUCGUGCAUACCUAUAUGGUUAAUGGACCCCGUGCCAUGCUUGACGCUAUCCAUCAUAUCAAUUACAAAACCACUCCCCGUAUUUAUGCUAUGCUUUCCGGUGUGCUUGGAUUAUGGAUUGUCAGUACCUUAUGUCAACUCAUUCUUAAUCGUGGAAACCGAUUUGGCUUACAUCUUGUUAUUGAUGAAGCGAAUAAGAAAUAAAAGCAGAUACAGUACAUACUGUAUGUCCCCCAG